AUAGUAUGUUCCGCCCUAUUCUUAGUAUAGGUAUAAAACCAACGACUUUACUGCGUUAUCAUUUAAACAUACGACAACUAUUGCCCAUAACACGUGGAUAUAUAUUUCUUAAUAAUUUAUUGGAAGUAUCUUAAUACAAGUUUGUUGGAUAAUAAUUCAUCAGGAUUAUAUAUACGCUCGAUAAUGACAUUCUCUGAGGAUAUUGCAGUUUUCAUGGAAUCACAAAGAAAUGUGAACAACAUUGGGUUUGCCCUUAAAAAGUUGCUAGUGAAGGCACAGGAAGAUGGCAGAAUCGUGGUUGGAGUUUAUGAAUGCGCACAGAUCUUACAAAAUUCUCCAGAAACAGUUCGACUGUGUUUGCUACCAGAAAUGGCUGAAACAGACGUAACAGUUCAAAUUCAUCAUAAACUUGUUGAAGCUUUCUGCUGGGAAAAUGAUAUCGAAGUCGUUAAGGUUGACAGCUUAAAAAAGAUGGAAAAGGUGUUAAUCGGCGAGGAGGUUGAAGGAAAUGGUAUUGACUGUGUGCUGAUACAGAACGCCAAGACAGACAGCAGUGCUGAUGACUUCAUAAAUAACUACUAUUCCAUGUUGGCCAACCAAUGUCCUGUUAUUGACCUGCCUGAAUGAAGAACAUCCAGGGCUUUCAUUUAAUUUUCCAGGAAGCCAAAACCUGGUCAAUAAAAUCAAUCUACAUAGACAGAAAAAGUCUGCUUCAAGAGGACGUCAGAUGACAACUCUGGAGAAUCAUAGACAGAACAUUGGACUAGCACAUCAAAACAACUGUUGCAUACCGUUUGCAACAUGUAGUACGUAAAACUACAAUGAUCCAGUGCUGCUCCAAGAAUGUUCUCACCAUAGCCGCUAAACCAUGCUCAUCAUUGAUACUCAACUGUUGUGUACUGCAAGCAACAUAUUACAUCAGUCAUUGCGUGACAGAAGACGUGAAUAUUUCAGAUCUUCGAGGCAUACGUGAUUAGACUUAAUAGUUCAUGUUCGUGAUAGAUACAUUUUAUUGCAUAUAUCAAUAUAAUGAUCUUGAACUUUAGAGUAUAUACUGCAUUGUGCUCUUACAGUAAUUGUUAACAUAAGACAUCGUUUGUUGUGUGUAUUAUCAUUUGGUGUUUGUAUAUUUACGACUUCAGACAGACAUGACUCAUUUUUUUUAAGUAUAUAAUAAUACUAUGAAUGUUUAUAAAUAUUUGUUGUACAAAAUUUCACUGUUUUUAUUAAUCAAGAGUUAGAAUGUGUUAUGAAUAAAUAAUAUUUGAAAAUA